AUGUCUGACGGCGAGGACUACGGCUCUCCUGAAGCCAUCCAGCCAACUGGCACCGGCACAGGACGCCAGCACACGCCUUCCCACCGGAAGGGUCCACGCUUCAGCUGGACACCGGCUUAUGAGGCCACCUUUUUCCGUUCGCUGUGCGAGAGCGUCAAGCUGGGCCUCAAGGACAACCACAGCUUCAAGCAGGAGGCCUGGGACCGCGCCGUGCAAGCCCUGGCCGAGCGGCAUGGCGCCUACCCCAACAAGGGGCAUCUCAUCAACAAGAGCGACAAUGCGCGCAAGAAGUUCCGGCUGUGGAGGGGCCUGAGAGAGGACCCAGAGUUUCUCUACAACCCCAAUGCGAGGACAGUGACUGCCAGCGAGGAGGCUUGGAGGGCGCACAUCGAGAGAGAGCCCCUUUCCAAGUCACUGCGCAACCGUCCGUUCGAGCAUGAGGAGUUCAUGGAGAUUCUCUUCCCAGACGUUGUCGGGUCCGGAGGAGCACCAAAACGAAUCACGAAGCCGCGGCGCAAGGGAACAGGCGAGAUGAUCGAGGGAGACGAGCUCGACGACACACCUGGAACCAAUGUCCUGAACCUCCUGGGCGCAGACACCUCUUUUCUCCAAUCCACGCCGAUCCAGACCCCGAUCCAGCCGCCUACCGUGCCAUCCAACGGCACCAUUCGACCCACCUCCACCACCCUGCCUGCGCGCACCUCGAUCGCCUCCUCGAGUGCGCUGACUCCGCCAGAUGAGGUACCUGUCGAGCCUACCCACACUGGAAAUACGCGCAAGCGUUAUCUUGGAUCCAACAAUGGCGCCGGUCCGUCCAAUGCUAGCGAGAAGCGCCGCCGUACCGGUAAUAACAAUUACAUCGAUCUCACUCACUCAGCACAACUGUCCAACUCGGAAAACCCGUUCCAACUCGGUAGCAAUGGUGCUGCCCCGCAGACCAAUGGCAAUAGCGGCAACCCACAGCUCACGCAGAACAACCCACAUAACGCGACCACCGCAACCGUCACCGCCACCACAACGAACGGGGUCAGUGGCAGUGGCGGCGGCAGCAGCGGCAGUAGCCAGGGCGCCACAAAUCGUACGCAGCAUUUCCAGGACGCAAUGAUCGUCAUUGCCGAACAGAUCCGCACCCAACGGCUCGUGCCGGCCCAGCCCGCCACUCCUAAUUGGCCUCAGCAGGCAAUGGAGGUAUUUUUCCGGGACUUUGGCGACGAGGAGAUGGACUUGCAGAUCAAGAUCGGGGAGAAAGUGUUGUGCGACAACAACAAGGCCAUGAUGUUCUGCAUGAUGCCCGAGGACCUGCGCAGACACUGGGUCAAGCGCCUGCGGGAGCUGCACAACCUCAACGGAGGCUCUUCGAGGGGUGACAUCAACAUGCCCGGCCCUGGGCCCGUGCCUAAUGGGGGCGGAGCAGGCGGCAUGAUGGCUGUUGUAGGCGGCCCGGGGAUGCAAAUGGGCUCCAUGGGUAACCCGAACCCGAUGAUGCGCAACGGUAGUCAGAUCGGCUGA